GCCAAAGAGAAACAGCAAAAGAGGGAGGUGUGAAAAUAAGAAUUUAAAAGAACGAGUGAAGGAGACGAGAACAGGAAGAGAGAAAAAAACCUGUCGAGGAAAUGAGAAUAUAAAGGCAGAAGUGCAAGUGGUUAGUGCUGAACAAUGUCAUGAGAGAGAGAGCAUUGGAGGUGUGCAAGAAUGACAGCAGGUUUGAUUGAAUAGACAACAAAUGUACUUGUGAGAGGGGGGAUUCAAGUUGAUGAGAAGAAGCAGAUUGCUAAAAAUACUGAGUACAGCUGGAAUAUGGGUGAGUCCAGUAUCUGCCAAGUGAGGGCGACAGUCAUGCUGUACAAUGACGGCAACAAGCGGUGGGUGCCGGCGGGAUCUGACAGUCCUUCUUUCAGCCGCGUCCAAAUCUAUCACAACCCUGUGACCAACACCUUCAGAGUGGUGGGCCGCAAACUGCAGGCCGACCAGCAGGUGGUAAUCAACUGUCCCAUAAUCAAAGGGAUAAAGUAUAAUCAAGCCACACCAACCUUCCACCAGUGGCGGGAUCCCAAACAGGUGUGGGGGCUGAACUUUGGCAGUAAAGAGGAUGCUGCUCUUUUUGCCAACUCCAUGGUGCAUGCAUUAGAGGCUCUCAAUGCACCGGCGGGCACAGGCACGGCUCAGACGGGACCCUCUGUACAGGAGCUUGAACACCAGAGAAGACUAGAGUGCCAGAGGCAGGACCAGCAGGAGAAGGAACGUCUGGAGAGGGAGAUGCAGACCUCUGUUAGUCCUCCUGCACCACCUCCACUCCCACCACCUUCCUCAGGACCAUGCCCACCUGCCCCUCCACCACCUCCUCCUGGGGUCAUUGUCCCACCUGCACCACCCCUGCCCCCUGCUGGAGGAAGUGGAGGUAGCGGAGGUGGAAACGAUCUGGCUGCAGCUCUGUCAGGAGCCAAACUGCGUAAAGCAGUCAAGGAUGAGGGAGCAGUAGCAGCCUCAUCCCCGAAACCAGAACCCUCAUCUGGUGGAAGUGGAGGUGGAGGAGGUGGUCUAAUGGGAGAGAUGAGUGCCAUCCUUGCUAGGAGGAGGAAAGCUGCUGAUAAUCCUGCUUCAAAAACGGUAGAACCUCACAAUGAGGAUUCUGACUCCUCAAUAUCAAAACUGUCUGGAGCAGGAGAAAUUGAUGGAAAGCCCAAAGAAAAAGCCGCCAUCAAUCCAAGGCCCAAACCCAUAACCAACAAUCAGAAGGACUCCAGCCCCAGCUCCUCCACCUCUACCUCCUCUAACUCCACCACUACCCCAGUAUCCAGGAUGAAGGUGGUGAAAACGAACUCUGAUGGUGCAGGAAAUAAUAGUGAGAUGGAAAGAAUCAAAGAGGAAAUUCUUGAAGAAGUGAAAAAAGAACUUCAAAAAGUGAAGGAGGAGAUUAUCACAGCACUGAUUCAGGAGCUGCACAGUGCACAGCCAAAAGUUUGUCACAACACUGCCACGCCCCCAUUUCUCUGUACAUUCUUCCAGUGGAAUAAAACAGAGGCCUAGCAGAUCAGUCCUGAUACCAUCCUCUGUCCUGCCUGAGGCUGGAGAGAGGCCUUUCAGACCAAGCUGUGAUGAAUGGCGAUGAGCCACAGCUGGUUCUCCCCAUGAUUGAAGCAUGUGGCAGGGGAGGUACUGAUGAACUAUUCUUACAGGGUUGUUGGCUGUUGCUCUGGUUCCAUCUCCUGGUUUUUGUUGAUCCAAGGUAUGAUCAAAAAUAAUGCAUUGAGGUGUGAUAAGCGUUUUAGUGUUGUUGAUUGUUGAGGUAUUCACCUAAGGAGUCUACUUUAUAACAAUGCAUUAUGUUGUAUUUGUUUAUCAUAUGUUUUGUGUGUGAAAAUGUAAUCAACAAAGUCAUGAGUAACAUGGCUGUCACCUGUUGUUGAAUAAAACGUGCAACAUUUCCUUUUGAAAGGUAGUGAAGUACAGGUAAAAGUAACAUGAAUUAGAAAUACUCAAGUAAAGUACAAUUGCUUCAAAAUUGUUCUUAAGUGCCGUAUGUGGGAAAUUUCUGCCACUGUAUUCCAUAUGUCUGAGAUUGCCUUGGGGCUGGUCCUGAUUUAUUUCACUUUCACAAACUACAUUAUGUGCAUUUAUUUAUUAGCUAAUAGCUCCACAGACCUCUUGUUUAGCUGGUGCAUCUAUGUUGCCAUGCCAUGGUUAAUAAUAGUUAUGUUACACUUUUUAAAGUAAUAUUUAGGAAAAUAUCUUGGUAUGAGUUUGCAAUGGAAAAGAAUGAAAACUGAUUGAGUUUUAGUGGUUUUCACACUGAUGUGGUGGGGUAAAGUUCUGCAAAUAGGCAAGAGAAGAGAGAAUUCCAGCACACUGUAUUAUAACUAGCAAUUACCUUUAAUACAAUGUUUUGGUGCUGCUCAGGUAAAGAAGAACAAGGAACAUCCCAGACAGAUUUAGUCAGCACCUCCUCAGGUGAGGCCAAUCAGGGACCCUGAGCUGUCAAGCCUUACUAUUUGCAUUUACUGUAUUAGAAGGUGCUUCCCACCAUCAAAGAUACCACAAUCUAUAAUGAACAGCAACUACAAUAUGUAUACAAACAUUGAAUAAUAAAUAAUUAAGCAAAAGUCAUCUCCAAAAUCAUCUCUUUCAUAAUGGCAUUACUAUUAUUACGUCAAUGGAAAUCUCAGGGUAACAUUAUCAUAAAAUCACUGUUUAGGCUACCCCAUACAUAUACUUCUAAAUAGGCAUUCAUGUAUAUGUUUUUCCAAUUUUCUAUUCCUACUACAAUAUGAUUGAAUGUGGCUAUUUAUUUGUUUCAUUGUGGAAGCCUAUUGUCUAUUAUACGGUUUGGGGUAGCCUAAACGCUGAUGUUCUGAUCAUGUUUCCCUGAGAUUGCUGCUGCUGCACAGCUACCACACUAACUAGAGAUUAAUUUGCGCCGUCUUGUCUGCAGAUGGCGGUGUGUGUCCAAAGAUCAACCACCAUCUAUCUGCUACCAAGAAGAAGAAAGUCCACGGUGUUUUUCUGGGUGGACGGCCUGCUCUGGAUCGAGCCUGUCAGAACGGCAUUGAAACGAGAGGAACGUGGGAUAAACAGUUGCUGUUCAGAUUUGAUAACUGAGACUUGAACGGGCCAGAGAGAAAUCCACUGUUCCCCUCCCCGACCUCCUGUUCCUUACACUCUCUCACAUCUCCCACCAUGAAUGAAGUUAAUAUAGUCAGAGAGGGCUGGCUUCACAAACGAGGUGAAUAUAUCAAAACGUGGAGGCCCAGGUAUUUCAUCUUGAAGAAUGAUGGUUCUUUCAUCGGCUACAAGGAGAAGCCUGAUCUAAGCGACCAGACCUCACCACCACUCAACAACUUCUCAGUAGCAGGUCAGUCCCCCAGACACGAAAAUAUCAUUAUUUUCUUCAUAACCAGUGCUUUCUACUUCUCAAAGCUAGAUGGCUAUUUUGACUUCCAUACACUUCAUGGUUUAACAUCUUAAGUAGCUUCCUGUAAACAUCCGUCUUUGUUUUAGUUUUUUAUUGCCAUGAACACAUAUUGACAGUUAUUCAACAUUACAAAACAAAACUACCUUUAGA